CGAAUGACGAAACGUAUGGCGGACAAGACCGAGCUAAUCAGAUGACAGAUUAAGUAUUUGGUUAUGUUGAAACGAUUGACGCUUGCAAUUCUUAUCCUAAAUAUAAUUUUACAACCGAUAUAAAAUAUUUAGCGGUAAAGGAUAUAAUACAUAACGGUAUCGUGGCUAAUACCGCCGAAAAAGAAUUGAUCGUGUGACCUUGGCAUCUAAGGAAAAUUCCCUGCUUUUUGAAUAUUGAGCUUUUCCUAUUCUUCUUCAUCUUAUUUUUCAAAAGAAUCUUUUAAGCAAAGCAAAUGAUGCAUUUUCUUUUUUCUUUAACAUCUCAUUUUAAUGAUAUAAAGAUGAGCAAAUAUAAGGAUGAGUAAUACAACUUUGACAAAAGGAAUAUUAGGCAUUAAAAGAGAUCCAAAAAGACCACUUCUGUUUGGUUUUGGAGGUGAAAUGUGGCCUUCUGAUGAUUCUGAAGAUUCUGACUAUAUAGCCAAUGAUGACAUAAAAGAAAAAUGGGAAGAAAAAUCCCAAGUUAAUUCACAUCCAAAUCCUAUGGAGCUGUUAAUGGAUAAAUCUAGCUGUAGCAUAUUGCCAUCUAACUUAAACUGUACAGAAUAUAUUGGAAACAGUAACAAUAAAAAUAACCAAACUGAAGAUGUGCCUUUUCAACUGAAUAAUUCAGAUAAUGUUCAUCAAAGAGUCACUUUUUCAUUAUUGUUACCAGAUAUUCAAACACAUGAUAAUAAAGAAGCAAAAAUUGGCAAAACACACACUCAUAAAUCAAAAAAAGCUAAAAAGAAGAAAAAGAAGCUAGAAGAUAAGGAGGAGAGAAAAUUAAAGAAAAAGAAAAAGAAACAUGAUAACUUGCUUUCUCUUAGCGAACCUAAGAAGAAAAAGAAAAAACACAAAAAAUCUAAAAAUAAAGAAAUGGAAUUGUGUAUAGAAAAUAAUUUAUGUAAUGAUGUAUUUGUUGUCACUGAAGAAGGUCCUUGGGGAAGUCAUGUUCCUGAAAAUGUCUUAAUUAAGAUAUUUUCAUAUGUUGUCAUAACUGAUGGAGCUAUACCAUUUUUACCAAGAAUGUCAAAAGUUUGUAGACUAUGGUAUAAAGUUGCUCAAUGUCCAUCCCUUUGGGAAAAUGUAGACUUGUCUUGGGGCAGAAUUCAUUUCUCAGAAUUUCAACUAAUAAAAUUAUGUUCUGUAAAACAGGUAUCCUUUGCCAGAGAAUUUAAUUUUUCUGGUUGGGGUGCAUCUCUUACACAAAGAAGUAUUGAAGCUGUAGUUGAACAUUGUCCAUUAUUAUCAACCAUCAAUUUGAGUAGGUGUAUAAAAAUUUCUGCUGAUUGUAUACGUUUAAUAGCAGAUCGAUGUUCUAAACUUUCAAAUAUUGAUUUAUCAGGAACAUGUAAGAGGCAUAGCAGUACAACAAGUCCAGUAUCACCUGCUUCACUUCGUCAUCUUGUUACAAAAUCUGGAGAACAUCUUUCACAAUUGUAUAUUGCAGAAAAUGAUGUUGCUGGCUUUACUUCUAUUAUAAAACUAAUUAGUGUAAGUAUUUUGGAAGAAAAAUCCCAAGUUAAUUCACAUCCAAAUCCUAUGGAGCUGUUAAUGGAUAAAUCUAGCUGUAGCAUAUUGCCAUCUAACUUAAACUGUACAGAAUAUAUUGGAAACAGUAACAAUAAAAAUAACCAAACUGAAGAUGUGCCUUUUCAACUGAAUAAUUCAGAUAAUGUUCAUCAAAGAGUCACUUUUUCAUUAUUGUUACCAGAUAUUCAAACACAUGAUAAUAAAGAAGCAAAAAUUGGCAAAACACAUACUCAUAAAUCAAAAAAAGCUAAAAAGAAGAAAAAGAAGCUAGAAGAUAAGGAGGAGAGAAAAUUAAAGAAAAAGAAAAAGAAACAUGAUAACUUGCUUUCUCUUAAAAAUAAUUUAUGUAAUGAUGUAUUUGUUGUCACUGAAGAAGGUCCUUGGGGAAGUCAUGUUCCUGAAAAUGUCUUAAUUAAGAUAUUUUCAUAUGUUGUCAUAACUGAUGGAGCUAUACCAUUUUUACCAAGAAUGUCAAAAGUUUGUAGACUAUGGUAUAAAGUUGCUCAAUGUCCAUCCCUUUGGGAAAAUGUAGACUUGUCUUGGGGCAGAAUUCAUUUCUCAGAAUUUCAACUAAUAAAAUUAUGUUCUGUAAAACAGGUAUCCUUUGCCAGAGAAUUUAAUUUUUCUGGUUGGGGUGCAUCUCUUACACAAAGAAGUAUUGAAGCUGUAGUUGAACAUUGUCCAUUAUUAUCAACCAUCAAUUUGAGUAGGUGUAUAAAAAUUUCUGCUGAUUGUAUACGUUUAAUAGCAGAUCGAUGUUCUAAACUUUCAAAUAUUGAUUUAUCAGGAACAUGUAAGAGGCAUAGCAGUACAACAAGUCCAGUAUCACCUGCUUCACUUCGUCAUCUUGUUACAAAAUCUGGAGAACAUCUUUCACAAUUGUAUAUUGCAGAAAAUGAUGUUGCUGGCUUUACUUCUAUUAUAAAACUAAUUAGUGCACAAUCUCCAGGCUUUCCUGAAUUGGAGGAAUUAAGUGUUGCUGUAGAAAGUGGAGGAGGUUUAGGUGAUAAUGAUCUUGAUAGAUUAUUAAAGACAUCUCAUAAACUUCAAUUAUUGGAUGUACGAGGUUGUCGUAACGUUUCUGUUUCCGGAUUGGUACGCUUGCCUGCAUGGGACAUUAAACAUCUCUAUUUAUCUCAGUGUUCUGUAGCUCGAAGACCAGAUUUAGAGUUAGUUCUUCAAAAGUGGGGUCAUAGUUUGGAAAAUGUAGACCUCUCUUGGGCAGUUAAUGAAGAAGCAAUUAAUCAAGGAAUAAUGGCAUUGGCAACUUCAGAAAAAGGAUGUCCCCUAAAAAGUCUUGAUCUUUGUGGUUCUGCAGUAUCUUAUGAUAGUAUAAAAUUAUUACUUUCAAAAUGUUUACAUCUACAAACUUUAAAUCUCCAAUCUUGCCGUAGCCUUCCACGAGGCAUAAAACGACUUUACAUAAAAGAUGAUUUGAAUCACUUGCGCGAGCUGAUUGAUGACGGUCGUUUUGACGAGUCGCCAUCUUCAGUAGAAUUUUAGAGUAUUUUUCAUUUCUACAAAAUAAUGACUGAAUCAGUCAAAUACUAUAUAUGAGAAAUCUCAGUGCCUGACUGGUAAAUUUCCAGUUGUUUAUCAUGAAAUUUUAUGUAACUGUAGUAGUAUUCGUGGGGGAAAAAGUUAAUGUUAAUUUGAAAAAUUUUAUCUUUUAUUAAGAUAUUAAUGUUCACAUCUGUUUAUAAUAUAAGCCUUUAAAAUAAAUGUAACUUGGAUGUGUGCAAUUUUAUCAUAGGCGCUGCUUAUUGGUUAUAAGUUUUAAAUUUCUUUAUAUUGUAAAGUUGAUAUUGAUAUAAAUGUUUGCCAAAUGAUCUGUUCUAAAUUGUUAUGUUAAAAAAAUAAAAACCAUUAUUGUCUUCUUCUUUCUAUAAAUAUUAUAGUCAUUAAUUUUAUAUUUCAAGAUUAAAUUUUCUUUUAAAUUAUAAAAAUUUUUGAAAGUUUAUGCACUAUUUAAAAUAUGUAAUUUUAAUGUGUAGAAAUUAUUUUUAAGAAUUCUUAAGGAAUAUGAGUGUUUGCACCUAUUUGGUAGGCAUUAAUUAAAAUGCUGUAAAAAUUUUUAUCUGACAAUAUUUAUUUCUCAAAAGUAAAUAUUGAGAACGAGCUGGAAAUUAUAUAUAUUAAAUAUACAUCUUGUAUUUCUGUAACGCAAUCAUUAUUCUGUGAUAAAAUGUAAGAAUGAUAGUACCUGAAUGUAGUUUUGGUAUCACAAUUAUAUUAUACUCCAGCUCUGUCUCAAAAUUGUAGCAAAUGUUAAUUCAAUUUUUUGUAUUUAUACCAUAUUUACUCCAAUCUAAAAUAAAUCAAAAUUGAAUGAAAUCCAUAGACAAUUUAGGUAAAAACUAUAAUUUUUGAAUUAAAUGACUUGAAAAUGAGAUAGUAAGAUUAUUGUAUUUCUUUCUCAUACUUUGAAAGACAAACAUAAUCAUUUUGUAAAAUGUAAAUUUUACUGAAUACUUAUUAUGCAUUUAGUAGAUAGAAUACCAAAUUUCAAAUUUGUUUGAUUCUAAAUCAGAGAAAAUUUGGGGGAAAAAUAAAAUAUGUACAUACAUAAACUAAUAAUUAAUAGAAUAAAAUAUUAGUUGUUUGAAAUUUUAAAAUAACCAU